AUGCCGGGGGAUAGCCAACCGUCCGCUGAUGUCACUCAUGCCGAAUUCCGUCACGGUGCUGCUUCACCGCAAAGUAGGUACCGACAUGCUUUGCGCGCCCCCGCUCUGGACGAACCCGCUCCAGUCCAAGGCGUUGGACAGGGCAGAAGCGACGGGCGCUCUCAACCCAGACGUUCCGAUCAUGAUCCUGAGGGAGCCAUCAACCUCAAGAAACAGGGACGUCUGGUAGGGCCGGGGCUCAAACCGGUGAAGAGUCAAAUGUUCUACUUUGUCGAUUCCAACUCGUCCUCCCGAGAGAAGCGGGCGCAUGUGAUGCGUCACCACGUUCAAGAGAAGCGAAAGCAGCGCAAGCAUUGCAAACACGGCGCGGAAACAGAACAUCCCAUUCGGCCUUUACGAUGUCUGCCAUGGCAGCAGAAGCAAUUCGGUCUGGAUGCGGUAGACAGUGAGGACGUUGGGCCGGAGCAAGUCCAAGCCGAUCUGGACGAUGAAUCUCUAGCUUCAUCUGGACCUUCCUCCCUCUCACCCCCGUCGCACCCGUCCAAGAUUCCACACCUUGAAUCGCCUCUCACGAUGCUCGAUGCAUCAAGAAAAGAUCCGUUUCGCAGUCUGCCGAUGGAGUCGUCGCCCGAGAACGCCGUAUUAGUCGACUACUGGACAAACCGGCUGACGUACUGGUCGGGUCAGAACAAAUACAUCAAGGACCAGAUCUUUCGAUCGGCCAUGUGCCAUCCGUUAGCUUUUCAAGCAGUCAUCCUGUCUUACUGUUCCCGGUGGAGGUCGCAUCUCCACCACUUGGAGGACGGCGAUCACGUCCACAACCACCACCGACAAGUGGUUACAGGCAUCGACAAGGUCAUGAACGGGUCUCUGCCAAUGGACGCAGACCACCUAGGAAUGACCCUGUCAGGCCUGGCAUUGCAGGAAGAGCGCUUCGGCGACCGCCAAGCCUCAAGAGGCUACGAGGACCAAGCCGUCCAAAUGUUGCGAUCCCGCGGCGGAUCCAGCAAAAUCCACGAAGUCAUCCUCCACUUCGUCCGGUACCUCCUAAUGCCAUCGGAAUCAUCCAUCAGUCCCGAAGGCCAGCAAUGGCUCGGCACAUUCCUCCGCGGCGCCGAACAACUAAUGUCCGCCCAAAGCUCAGACGCAUACCUCACAUCCGUCCCGCAGCGGCGGGCCGCAUUCGGCAUGGACAGCCCGCUCUUCCCGCUCCUCUCCAGCGGGCCGCACCCAACCCAAGUCCCGCUCGACUCCCGCGUCUACGUCGUCCAGGGCGUGCCCACCCAGGAGGUGAUGCGCACCGCCGCCCUAAUCUACAUCACGGCCGCACUGUGGGACUUCCAAGACCACCCGGGCAAAACGGCGCGCUUCCUCGACCACAUCCAAAAGGCAGCCAAGUCGCACAGCCUCGACCGCACGCCCGCCUGCGAGACCUUCACGUGGCUGCUGCUGGAAGAGUCCUACGAGGCGGACCUCAAGGACCCCGAGCGCGGGUGGUCCACGGGCGAGCUGCUGAAGGUGCACAAGCAGCUCCGUCCGGAUCUGCAAUUCCAUUUCAACGAGAUCCUGUUUAGCUUUCUGGCUCUGACGCCGCCGAUUCGCGGGAUUGACGCGUUUGAGAGCGAGUUGUGUGCGUCUUCGGGGCCGGAUGACCUCGAUGAUGUUUGA